GAAAGGAGGGGGAAGAAGAGGUGGAGGAAUCGGAGCCAGAAAGGGCACACGCGAGACCGUCCCAGGGUUUUUUUACAGAGGGAUCCCGAAGAGACCCAAAGCAGUCCAACCUCCGGCUCGCUCGCUUUCCUUCGGAGCUAUGAAGCGCCUGGCUCUCGGCUCGGAUUCCGGCAUCGAUCCAACUCCGGAGCCUCGCGAUCCUUGAGUGGCCAAAAGGAGUGUGUGUGUGCUUGAGGGGGGGCGGCGGUGUUUGGUUUCGCUUUGGGUUGGAAAGGCGAACGGAGCGGAGGAAGGGAAGAAGCUCGGCUUGGCUGCCCCCUUUUCAAACUGCAAGGGAAAGCGAGAGAGCGAGCGAAGAAAAGGGGGGCAAACGACAAGAUCCCCCCUCCCCAACCCCGAGAUCUUGAGAUCAAGCGUGGCGUUCUCUCUCGGGGAGGGGGAUCAGGAGUUUUCAGGACUGCAGGGAGGGGGACGCUGCUCUUCAAGGACUCCCCCUCCCAUGCCCUUCAGAUUACAAGAUCUUGUGUGUGUUUUUUAGGACGUAAUUUUUGAAAGCGUUAAGAAUCGCCCUUGUGAGGCGUUUGGCUGUUCUUGUCGGGGAGGGGGUCCUCCCCAAGUGUCUCCAGGAGAAGGGACUAUAUUUCUCCCUCCCUCCUAUUUGCAAAAGAAAUCAAUAAGAGUAACGACUUGGCUGCCCUCAAUCGGAGACGUCCAGAGGAACUCAAAUCGCCGGGACUGUUUGGUGGUGGUGCUUGUGGUGGUGUGUCUGUGGGUUUUUUCUCCUCUUUCUCUUUUCUUCUUGGGCUUUUCUUCCCAAUUUUUGCACCCCCCCAAAAAAGGAACCCGAAAACACUUUUGUCAGAGUUAAGGUGGGUUGAAAUCGACUACUCUUCUGAGAACCGCAAAGAAAACGGGUUGAAAUUGACUAGCCGCUGCCCGAGCUAGCAGGAGUUGUGUGUGUGCGCGUGUGUGUGCUGGGUGGGGGGAUUAAAAUUGACAAGCAAGCAAGCGCCUCUUCUCCCCCCCCCCACAACAUCAACUCACAACCCCUCCCUUGCUGGAGGGAUCGCUCUUUUCUCCCGGAUUUGUGGAUGUACUGAUGAGAGAUCCAGCCUUCCCGGGGACUGCGAUGGCUUACCACCCGUUCCACGCGCCCAGGCCGUCCGAUUUCCCCAUGUCUGCCUUCUUAGCGGCCGCCCAGCCCUCCUUCUUCCCGGCGUUGGCUCUGCCUCCGGCCGCCCUGACGAAGCCUUUGCAGGAUCCCAGCCUGGCCGGAGCCGCCGAGGCGAGCUUGCACGUCUCGGCGCUGGGGCAUCACCACCAAGCCGCGCAUCUGAGGUCGCUCAAAAGCUUGGAGCCCGAGGAGGAGGUCGAAGACGACCCCAAGGUGACCCUGGAAGCCAAAGAACUCUGGGAUCAGUUUCACAAAUUGGGGACCGAGAUGGUGAUCACCAAAUCUGGAAGGCGAAUGUUCCCCCCCUUCAAAGUGCGGGUCAGCGGCUUGGAUAAGAAAGCAAAGUACAUUUUGUUAAUGGAUAUUGUAGCAGCGGACGACUGUCGCUAUAAAUUCCACAACUCCCGCUGGAUGGUGGCCGGGAAAGCGGACCCGGAGAUGCCCAAACGCAUGUAUAUCCACCCGGACAGCCCGGCCACCGGCGAGCAGUGGAUAGCCAAGCCGGUCGCUUUUCACAAACUCAAGCUCACCAACAACAUCUCGGAUAAACACGGCUUUACCAUCCUUAAUUCAAUGCAUAAAUACCAACCAAGAUUCCAUAUAGUUCGGGCCAAUGAUAUUCUCAAGUUACCUUAUAGCACUUUUCGAACUUACGUGUUUCCUGAAACGGACUUCAUAGCGGUGACUGCUUACCAGAAUGACAAGAUCACUCAGCUGAAAAUAGAUAACAACCCUUUUGCGAAAGGAUUUCGAGAUACUGGGAAUGGCAGGCGAGAAAAAAGGAAACAGCUCACCUUGCCCUCUUUGCGGAUGUACGAGGACCAGUGCAAGCCAGACCGAGAUGGGGGCGAGUCCGAUGCCUCGUCCUGUGAACCUGUCCCAGUCCGGGAUCCCCUCCACUCCCCGCUGGGCACGGCCCCCAGCCCCUUGAGGCUCCACCGCAACAGCAGAGAAGACAAGGGCAGCGAUCAAGAGCUGGAGAAACUUCCCGAAGGGAAAAGACCAAGCCCUGACCCGGGGAACUGCAGCCCGCAGAGCAGCCCCCGUUUGCAAGGGGAAGAGCGGAGUAAAGAGCGAGCUGGCAAAGCCAAUGAGCUCCCCAAAGAGAGUGGCGAAGGGGCCAUUUUCAGCCCUCUGAGCUUAGAGAAAGACAAGGUGGAAGGCCGGAGGAAAGACCAGCCCCCGCAGACGCUGCCGGAAGCAUCCAAGAAAGACGCCCCUGACUGUGCCACUCUAGGGCCCAGCAAGGAGUCCUUUGCCCCGCUGAUGGUGCAGACGGACAGCCCUCCGCACCUGAGCGCCGGGCAUCUGCAGAGCCUGGCGCUGUCGGGCCUCCACGGGCAGCAGUUCUUCAACCCCUUAGGUGCCGGCCAGCCCUUCUUCAUCCACCCGGGACAAUUUGCCAUGGCUCCUGGGGCCUUCUCCGCCAUGGGCAUGGGACACUUGUUGGCAUCGGUGGCCGGCGGAGGAAGCCUGGAGAAUGGGGGGCUUUCUGCCGCGCAAGGAGCAGCUGGCGCAGCCACCCCCUUCCCUUUCCACCUUUCCCAGCACAUGUUGGCUUCUCAGGGAAUCCCAGUGCCUACUUUUGGUGGACUUUUCCCUUACCCAUACACCUAUAUGGCAGCCGCUGCCGCAGCUGCAUCUGCAAUGCCGGCAACCAGUAUCGCUAAUGCCAGCUCGCUAUCCCGGAACCCCUUUCUGAGCAGCGCACGUCCUCGUCUGCGUUUCAGCCCCUACCAGAUCCCUGUCGCCAUCCCGCCCAGCAGCAACCUCCUCACCACUGGUUUGCCUACUAGCUUGAAUACCAGCUCGGAAGGUUCCAAGCCCGGAAGCAGUCGGGAAUCCAGUCCUCUUUCGGAUCUGCCCGUUCACAAAUCCGGCAGCCAGCGGGCAGCGUUGUCCCCCAAGGGGUCCUUAAAGGAUUCCAUCAAUGAGCUCCAGAACAUCCAGAGACUGGUCAGCGGUCUAGACACCCAGAGGGAAGUCUCUCCCGGAAGGGAAUCCCCUAAGUGACUGUCCCUUGGAGGCAGUCCCCCCAAAAGGGCUCAGAAGACGUUGGGGAAAAGAUGUGUACAGCACAGUAUAAAUAUUUAUUCUAAGGAAAGGAGGAGGGGGGAUUUAAGGUAGGGUGGGGGAGAAUAAGGAUAGGUACAACCAGGUGUGAUGCCCUGCAGAGGCACCUGGAUGGAAUCAUACGUGAAGGAGGUACACUUCAUCCUGGCAACAUCAUUCAUUGGUAGAAAGGAUGGGAGGAUUUUGUUGCUAAUCCUGGGUUCUGGAGAUUAUUCUCACAACCACAACUGCCCUCCUCCCCCAAUAUAUGCACAUCUCCUGGCUUGGGUUGUUCUAGUGAGAUAUAUCGAGAAGGGCAGCUCUCCUCAUCCAGUUCUUUGGCCUAAACAAAAUCCAUCUUGCCAAAAGGCAUAAACAGGACAUCAGUUCUAUGCUAUAAUAGCAAAGCUUCCAGACAAACGGAUGAUCUAGAAGGCUGCAAUUGCAGAAGAGGAUGAUUUUAGGCCACUUCUACAGCUUUUUAUUUGAAAAUCAACACUGUUGGAAAGGCAUUUUGCUAUUUUCUAUCCAUGAGGAUGGCAUUUCUGAAACAUGGACAUUUGCUUUUGCUGAUGCAAGAACAAAGAAGUGUUUUUUUAAAAAAUAAUCUACAAACUCUGGCUGAUUGACCAUGGGAUAUCCAUUUGUGAUAGUGUCUAAAAGGAAAGCCACGUUUUUAGGGAUGGCAUCCAUCAACCCCCACCACUCUUGGGAGGCCAUCAGAAAUCAUCAUCAACAAGGAUGUUUAGAACUGGUACAAUCAAUGUGACUUUCUCUUUUCGGACUUGACCUGUGUACCAGAAAAAUAAAAUAAAAUUAAAAGAAACAUAAUAUUUAUGAAAUAAAUGGUAAUUUGUGUAAAUAAGCUAUACGGAUCCCAAAAUAUGCAAAAAUUUGUAUUAAUUUAUUCAGAGUUGUACAUUGGAGUGUACAUAAUUAGAGUUUAACUCGUCACAUUUAAUUGUUCCUUUUUUUUCAUUUUACGUGAGCAUACAUAUUGUAAAUGAAGACCUAUUUAGCUCUUUGUGAAUGGAAGAAAAUAUUUGAUUUUCUUCUUGACUUUUGUGUCUGGAAAAAAAAAAGGUUUACCCCGGCCUGUUUGAAGACAAUCAUGUGCCAUCCAUACCACUUUUAAGUCAUGAGGAAAAGGAGGGGAGGGGAAUGUUGAAUCCUUUUUAAAGGGACUGUCCAGGGAACUACAUCCCUCCCCAUAUAUGGCCAUUGAAAACAAAAAUGUAACAUUGAAUGAAUGGGGUGGAGAAAAUCUCUUUUGGACUGUGGGGUAUAAAAUAAUAAUAAUGAUAAUAAUAAUAAUGCAGGAAUAAGCCUCAGGUUUUUAUUUUUCACUCCAGAACAGCAGCAGCAGCAGCAAAGGGGAAAAAAAACCUUUAAAACUACACUAAAAAAUUAAAAUUAUCACAUGGACAGUGGGCUAUAUAUUGUUUUAAUUUUUUUUUAUGACAUGAUUAGAAAAGUGCUGGUUAUUCGGGUAUCUAUCUGUUCAAUUUUUUUUAUGAGUUCUCUCACAUCUUUCAAUAAAAAAUAUUCAAAGGA